GGCUGCCCCGCGCGGGGGCGGGAGGAGCAGCUGGGGGGGUGCUUGGCCCCCGGGGCGCGUUCGGUUGCGCUGCGGGAGGGUUUGGUGCGCUCGGGCGGCAGGAAAAUGGCGCUGACACAGGGGACCAAGCGGAAAGUCUGUUACUACUAUGACGGGGAUGUUGGAAACUACUAUUAUGGCCAGGGUCAUCCAAUGAAACCCCAUAGGAUCCGAAUGACCCACAACCUCCUGCAAAUGGAGAUAUAUCGCCCCCACAAGGCAAAUGCAGAAGAAAUGACCAAGUAUCAUAGUGAUGACUACAUUAAAUUUCUGAGAUCUAUUCGCCCUGAUAACAUGUCUGAGUACAGCAAGCAGAUGCAGAGAUUCAAUGUUGGGGAAGAUUGCCCAGUGUUUGAUGGGCUGUUUGAGUUUUGUCAGCUGUCUGCAGGAGGUUCUGUUGCCAGCGCUGUGAAGCUGAACAAGCAACAGACAGAUAUUGCUGUGAAUUGGGCAGGAGGCCUUCACCACGCUAAGAAAUCGGAGGCUUCUGGCUUCUGUUACGUCAACGACAUUGUCUUGGCCAUCUUGGAGCUCCUAAAGUACCACCAGAGGGUGCUGUAUAUUGACAUUGAUAUCCAUCAUGGCGAUGGCGUGGAGGAAGCCUUUUACACCACAGACCGUGUCAUGACUGCGUCCUUUCAUAAGUAUGGAGAAUACUUCCCAGGAACAGGGGAUCUGCGGGAUAUUGGUGCAGGUAAAGGCAAGUAUUAUGCUGUCAACUAUCCUCUCCGGGACGGAAUUGACGAUGAGUCCUACGAGGCAAUAUUUAAGCCGGUCAUAUCUAAAGUGAUGGAGACGUUCCAGCCCAGUGCAGUUGCCUUGCAGUGUGGAUCAGAUUCCCUGUCGGGGGACAGGCUGGGGUGUUUCAAUCUCACCAUCAAAGGUCAUGCCAAGUGUGUGGAGUUCGUAAAGAGUUUCAACUUGCCCAUGCUGAUGCUAGGAGGGGGUGGCUACACAAUCCGCAACGUGGCUAGAUGCUGGACUUACGAGACUGCUGUGGCUUUGGACACAGAAAUUCCAAAUGAGCUUCCAUAUAAUGACUAUUUUGAAUACUUUGGACCCGACUUUAAGCUCCACAUCAGCCCUUCGAACAUGACCAACCAGAACACCAAUGAGUAUCUUGAGAAGAUUAAGCAACGGCUGUUUGAGAAUCUGCGCAUGCUCCCUCAUGCCCCUGGUGUCCAGAUGCAGCCGAUUCCUGAGGACGCUGUGCAGGAGGACAGUGGAGAUGAAGAUGAAGAGGACCCUGACAAACGCAUUUCAAUGCGCUCUGCUGACAAGAGAAUAGCCUGUGAUGAAGAAUUUUCGGAUUCUGAAGAUGAAGGGGAAGGUGGUCGCAAAAAUGUUGCCAAUUUUAAGAAGGCAAAGCGUGUGAAAACGGAAGAGGAGAAGGAGGAGGAGGAGAAGGAGAAGAAAGAUGAGAAAGAAGAGGAAAAAGCCAAAGAGGAGAAAGCAGAACCCAAAGGGGUAAAGGAAGAGACUAAAUCGGCCUAAGAUGACUGCAGCGGGACAGUACCUUUCAGUACAUAGUUAUAUACGUUUUUGCUUCUCUGGUAGCCUCCCAUUCCACAGGAUUUAUAUUUUAUAUGUUUCUGUAUAUAUUUCUAUAUAAAUAUAUAAAUGACUUAAGAACUGUAAAUUAUUCCUUGCUGCAUUCCGCUGAGAACAGAUGGAAGGAUUCUGAGGAAUAGAUGGACUCAGAAUUAGCGGCAGGGAGGUUUCACUCUUGCCUUCCACUGCCUCUGGUGUGUUUUUAAAAAAUCAUUUUCCUCUCUCUGAAAUAACAGCCCUUUGGAGAAUGAUACUGACUUUGUUUUUUUUAAGUAGAAAUAGUAUCUGACUUUCGGGUCAGGUGGAAAUAUGGCCAUGAAACUUUGCGGAAGAACUUUGAGUUCCCAAAGUAUGCCUGUGAGAGAAACUGCUCCUAUGAUCUUCAGUCCAUUUACACCAUAAUCAGUAACUGCAAGCUGAUGCCAGUUCUCAGGGUCAAAUAAUGCAGUUCUUGAAUAAAGUUGGCUGUCUACCUGCAGUGGAUUUGUGGAAGGAGUUGAAGCAGUUUGGAAGUAAAUCUGUCAAGUUCCCUGGUGUAUGAACCCAAGUGCCCUGCUGUAAAGUACAGAUCUGGAUAGCACAAAAUGAAAACUGCCAGCUAGCUGAUGUUUUAUUUAAAACUUUCGCAAGUCGACCCUUUAAGUCAAGUUUGUGCGGCAGCAUUAUACAUCUCAUAUGAGAGAGAAGGGCUCAGAUAUUUCUCUUCAUAUAUUAAACCCCCCCAAAUGGGGGGGGGGAAAUAUAUUACUUCUCAUUGUCCUCCUGCUUAGCUCUUCCUGCUUCCCCCCCCCCACUGUGAUGACAUAAUAUGCUUUGAAUGCUGCCCCAGGUCCUAGCUUGAAACCACUACAGAAAUCCCAAGCCCUCUAAAGACCAAAUUGUCAACUGGGCUCUUUGCAAUGUGACACUUGCUGAAAAUUCUCAUCCAAUGUGAAGCACAAAUGUUUUUAGAUAGGCCCUUUCUCCUUGUUGUCCAGGCUGGUAACUGGGGGGAAUCCGCUGAACCUGCCAUUGUCUUUGUUGUGGGACAGCAGCACUCUCCAGCUGUCUCUUGAGAACAGAACUGGCCUUUACCUUGCAUCCCACUCUCAGAACUGAGCAUGGGAUGAGCUUUCUGUGAAAUGCUUCACUGAGUCCUGCUUUCACUUGCUGGUCAUCUGUCUCAGGGGGAUACCUCUCUCCACCAGAGUAUCCGGACCUCCCACUCAGCCCUGCUGAGGAUUUCAACUCCACUGUAAUGCUGCUAACUUAACACAGGUUAUUUUUAAAUGUUUUAUUUUUUUAAGUACACUUCUCCAUCUCUAGUAGCUGACUGCAGCUCCUCCUGCUCUUAUAUGUUCAUGUGAAGUGAGAGAUCAUUGUGUCUGGGGGGAAAUAUAUUGUGAUUUUUUUAAAAGAUGCUUUUUAUUUUGAAAAUCUUUGUAAUAAAAGGUACAUUUCUACA